AAUCAAUUGGUCACACUAGUUCAUUCUCAACUGAAAACAUUCUUGAGUUUAUUUGUUUUGCACCUUGUUGAUCAGCGAUGGAGAAACUUGUUUCAAACUGGUACAAUGUGCGGCCUGUGCCUGAGGAUUACAUAUAUCCUCCAGAAAAAAGACCAGGGAACAUCCAUGUUCCUAAAGGUGAAGGCAUCCCGGUGAUUGAUCUCACUGAAGCAGAGAAAGGUGAUCCAGCACUUGUAAUUCAGAAAAUUCUCAAGGCUGCUCAAGAGUUUGGAUUCUUCCAGGUGGUAAAUCAUGGGGUUUCAGAGAAUCUAAUGGAUGAAACAUUAAGUGUGGUGAGGGAGUUCUUCCAGAUGCCAGAUGAGGCCAAGCAACACUUGUAUACUGAAGAUUUUAGCAACAAGUGUAUUUAUUUCACGAGCUGUGAGAAUUAUGCUAAUGAGAAGGUCCAUAUGUGGCGAGACUUCUUGCAGCACCAGUGUCAUCCCCUAGACAAGUGGCAGCAAUUUUGGCCAGUAAGCCCAGCCAGAUACCAAGAGAUUGUCGGGGCAUGUUCAGUAGGAAUUAAGAAAUUGGCUUCAAGGAUUCUGGGAUUGAUCAGUGAAGGACUUGGCCUGGAACGUGGGCAUUUUGAGAAUGAACUAAGCGGAUGUAUGGUGCUGACAGCUCUUCAGUAUCCACCAUGCCCUGAACCAAGCUUGACUCUGGGAACUUGCCAGCAUGAUGAUGCCAAUCUCAUUACUUUUCUCCUUCAAGAUGAAGUUUCAGGACUUCAAAUCUUCAAAGAUGGUCAAUGGAUUGGCGUUGAGCCUGUUCCGCAUGCUUUCGUGGUCAACGUGGGCUGCCUCCUGCAGGUGAUCAGUAAUGACAGGUUAAAGAGUGUGAAACACAGAGUGGUGACAAAUGCGAGCAGAUUUCGAUCAUCAGCUGCGUUUUUUGUGACGGCUGUGGAGGGAAGUGUGAUAGAACCAGCAAAAGGUGCUAUGGAUCAACUCCAUCCUGCCCGCUACAGACCCUUCACACCUAAGGAUUUCUACAUGAAAUUCUUUGAAAACGAUGCUGACACGGAAGCAACUUUUAAUCAUUUCAGGGCUAGCUUGACACCAUGAGUCAAAUAAAUAAUGACAAUCUAGCAGUUUGUGAAGUUUGUUUACAGCUUUGUUCGCUUGUCUAUGUUCAAAUAACCAGCCACCAGCGUGCGUGGGAGUUUAUUACUGUAUUUUCAUUCCUUUGGUGUAGCUUUAUAAUAAUUAUCUUUUAUUCAAA